CCACCACCCAGCCCACAUCGCACCGUGAGUGCCUCGGGACAGCGCGGAGAACACCGGGGGCGCGGAGAAUGCGGCGGGACGGCGGGGCCCGCGCCGGGACGCCCCGUCGCUGAGGCACGGAGGAGACUCCCGCGGCGCCGAGGAUGAGGAUGCCGCUGGCGCUGCUGGCCCUGGCCGUCCUAGGGGCCGCCGGCGGCGGCGGGGCGGGCCGGGAGGAGGCGCGGGAGGGCCGGUUCUCCACACCGGAGCAGCAGCGGUGCCACUGGGAGCUGCGCUCGGCCGCGGGGGCCAGCGAGCUGCGGCUGAGCUGCCGGGCGGCGGGCGGCGGGGCGGCGCGGAGCUGCGCCUACCGCGGGGAGCCGCGGCGCUGCCCGGCCUACGGCGCCCGCAGCCACCAGUACUGGCGGCAGAUCCUGUCCCGGCUGCGGCGGCGGCUCCAUCCCUGCGCCCCGGGAGCGCCGCUCAGCGCCCGUCUGUGCGGGCCGGGCCGGGCGCCGCCCGAGGCGCAGCUCCGCCUGCUGCCCGACCCCGGCCCGGCCACGCCGGCCCCCGCCCCGGAGCCCACCGAGGGCCCCGCGGACACCUACUGCACCGAGCGGUGGCACUCGCUGUGCAGCUUCUUCGUCGGCUUCUGGGAGGGCUGAGCUGCCCGUCCCCCGCGCCAGGACGCUCCCGGCAUCGCCUGCCCUCACUCACCGCUACCACUGCCCCCCGACUCUGUCAGCUUUCCUCUU